AGAGGCAAUUUCUAGUACCCUGGCUGAUACGUACCAACGGUUGUACGAGUUACCAGACCCCAAACUGCCAGUGAAAUAUCCACGGACUCCAGGUUACAGACCAUCACCAGAAGACAACCCUUACAAUGCUUGGUUAUUAAGUGAAGACAUAAUCCUCGCAACUGAAUUGCAACAGAAGAAAUUGCAUAGAAAAGAAGUCAUACAAGAUUCAGGCCCCAAGAGGAUUGGAACCUGUCUUUCCCCUCCCAGAUACUAAACGGGUGCACUAUUACUGAGCUACAUCUUUAAAGCGAAGCAGUUAUUUGGUAUUGGCGAUGUGACAUUAAAGGAGCAUCAAGUGGUAAACUUCGCGGCAAAACUGUGGCUAUCAAGGACAACACAUGUGUGGCAGGGGUACCUAUGAUGAAUGGUUCUCAUACCCUGGAAGGAUUUGUUCCGGAUGUGGAUGCUACUGUAGUGUCUCGGAUAUUGGAUGCCGGUGGACACAUAGUGGGGAAAAGUGUUUGCGAAGAUUUGUGUUGUAGCGGAGGCAGUUUUACUGCUGCCACUGGUCCGGUGGUUAAUCCACACAAUAAGACGAGAAUGUGUGGAGGGUCAUCAUGAGGUUCUGCAGCUUUGGUGGCUGGAGGUCAAGUUGACAUGGCAACUGGUGGAGACCAAGGAGGUUCCAUAAGGAUCCCCGCUGCGUGUUGCGGCAUUGUGGGUCUGAAACCCACAUACGGAUUAGUUCCAUAUACGGGCAUUAUGCCGAUAGAGUUUACUUUGGAUCAUACUGGACCAAUGGCCAGGACUGUGUAUGAUACAGCUCUAAUGUUGGAGGCUAUAGCUGGAUAUGACGGAGGACUGGACCCUAGACAGCCACGAGAUCUCAAAGUGCCUGAGUAUACUUUGGGGCUCACAGGAAAAAUACACAACUUGAAAAUAGGAAUCUUGAAAGAAGGCUUUGGAUUGAAGACCUCCGAAGCGGAUGUUGAUAAGACGGUCAGAGAGGCCGCUGAACAGUUGGGUACUGCAGGCGGCGCAACUGUCGAAGAAGUGUCUGUCCCGAUGCAUUCUGACGGUGUUCGAAUCUUUGGGGCCAUUCGACAUAUUGGAGGUGAUCGAAUGAUGUUUGAAGGAGCUGGGGCUGGAACUGCCGCAAGGAUGUAUUACGACACCACUCUGCAGGAAGCCUUCUCACGAGGUCUAAAAUGCCACUCGAAUGACCUGUCAAAGAGAGGCAAACUCAUUCGGCUGAUGGCGAAGUAUUUGCACGAGGAUUACCACGGUAUCUUUUACGGAAAAGCACAGAACCUCGGUCGAGAGCUUUGCAAGGCGUAUGAUGCGGCACUUGAAAAAUACGAUGUGUUGAUUCUGCCCACCAUCCCCAAGAAGGCACCAGUUUUCCCGCAGGAAAAGCCUCCUCUAAAAGAAUAUUUGGAAAGGGCUUCUGAGAGUGCUCCAAACACGUCACCAACUAAUGUCACGGGUCACCCAGCUCUAUCCAUCAACGUCGGCUUCAGUGAUGGCUUACCAGUUGGUAUGAUGAUUGUAGGGAGAAAGUUUGACGAGAUCACCGUUCUGAAUGUCGCCUACGCUUACGAGAAGAUCAGAGAUGCGGAAAAAUAAGAUUACAAGAUGUCUAUAAAUAGACUCAGAACUACAAGAUUUUUUUCACUCUUGAAAAUUCUUGACUGACAUUGUCGCACCAAAAUCUUGUUCGGUAAUCUCUUAUAGUUCAUUUCAGUUGGAAGAUAAUACGACUUCAGAAUCAGUUUGGAGGGACAAAUUCUAUGAAAUAUAUUUAAUUUACUUUUUACGAGAGAGAAGUUCUAAAGUUCCUAGAAUUUUUGAAUAUAUCAGU